ACGCUGUGUGCACAACGAAAAACAACAGUCAGUAAGCAGAGAGGCACAAUGAGUUAUUCUUCGCAAAGCGGCAGUUUAACAAGCAAUGUUACUACAACUAGUAGCGAACGAAAUAGCCCGAUCAGUAAAGAAGCCGAGAAAAAACGCACUCCAAAGUGCGCGCGCUGUCGGAACCACGGCUUCGAUUCUAUCUUGAAGGGCCACAAGGGAUUCUGCCGAUGGAGGGACUGCAUGUGCCCAAAAUGUCUUCUAAUUGCGGAACGACAGCGCGUUCUCGCAGCUCAGGUAGCACUACGCCGCCAGCAGAUGCAGGAACAGCGCAGCCCGCUACCCCCGGGAGAUGUGUUCACGGCUUUGACUAGAGUUGGCGGUAGCAACAAUCAGAGUCCUUCGCCGCGAAGUCCUUCUCCGAAUUCCACUAGCGCCGAACCAGAGAUAAAGAAAGAAGCCUCGUCCCCUGUGAGAGAAAUUUGCCCCGAACCGAUUCCUGUCACGAAUACGGCAUUUGCAGAUCCCCAGCAUACUGCCUUUAUUGGAUCUUCGCACAAGGAUGGGCACACUGAGUGUACCUGCUCGGCUUUCAGACCUUUUACGGGCGUUUUGCCUCAUCAUUUGCAAGGACUGAAAAGAAAGUCUCCAAGCGAGGUUGGCACUGAUAUGAAUCAUGGAUUCAACCAAGCAACUCUCCUCAGGGAAGCGCAAGAAAAACGCUGUCGCUACUCAAGCGAGUACGAACCGUCCGAAAAACCUUCCAUGCAUUUCGCGGGUCAGCGACGUCCGUCGGCGAUCGAACUGUUAAUACGAGUUUUCCCGAAGAUCAAAGUUAGUGUCUUACAACUAAUUUUACACUCAUGUGGCGGCGAUUUGGGACAAGCAAUCGAAGAAGUUUUCGCGCGCUACAAAAGUGAGGCAGCCAGCGUUUUUAUGGGAGUACCGAAUCCUUGGACGCGCUUGCCGCAAGACGCCGUCAGAGAAUACCAUCACCCAGCUCUUCGCCCAGACAGUUUCAAAUACAUCCGCAGCAACGAGACUUUCGUAGGAAGCCCAAAGUCUGCUUUUACCCCAAUUUCAACCCUCUCUAAAGCCCAUUUUAUAAACACGUCCUCAGGGAACGUCCCUUACGCUUUAGACACGGGAAGAAGUAAAGAGAACUUUCCAAUUUCAUUUCUGUUUGACUCUGCGAGGAUCAAUGCUUCGUUAACAAGGCCUCAGGCCUUGGUUUUGAAUAAAAAUAAAGAUGGCGAAGGUGGUACCGAAAUAAUAGAGGAUAUAAAGACCGGUGGCGAUUUGAUAGCAGAGAGUCCGAGAAAUGAUAAAGAAAAGUAACUUUAUUUAAAAAUUCAGUUUUCCGCAUGGAAGAAUAUUUAUGUUGAAAUUAGUGCUUAAAAAUGACAGCAGCCCCUCGCAAUUAUUAAAUACUAAAUAUGCGUCCUUCGGACUAAGAUUAUAAGGUAUAUGAGGCUUCAUUUGAAGCUCUGGAAACUUAAGCAAAACUAUAAAAAUUUUAAUCCAAAGUAUCUCAAGAAGAAUAAGAAAUAAUACCGUUGUUAGUUUUAAAUGUCUGCGGCGACUUUAAAUUGCAAAUAUAAUUAAUAGCAAAAUAUGUUUUAAAAGGAAAAUUUGAAGUUCUAUAUAAAUUUAUUCAUGUGUCAAAGAAAACUAUGCUGUCACAUCUGGUGUUCUUAGCACCGAAAUCAAAGGAUUUUCCUGUUGCAAAACGAUAAAAUACUGGCAAAAUCAGCUCAAAAAGAUAUCGACUUGAUGCCCCUUAAGAUGUUUAUUCCAUGAGAAAAUUAUUCACCGCCUCAAAUUAUCCUCCCGUUUCGUUUAAUGUCCGCACAAGCUUUGCAAAAUGUCUCUCACGCACUUUUCCUACGAGAUAGGCAAUUGAAAAAUUGAAUAAAAGUUAGCGAGGUCGAAAGAUGAAAUGUCGCUCUACAGGCCCCAAAAGAAAAUUAAUAAAUGCAUUCAUGACCUGAUCAAAGGUAUGGGAAAAUUACAAUGAACGACCUCGGUAAGCUGCUUUUUACUUGACUGUCAUCUUGUAAUAACGUAUUUAUUUCGGAAGACCAGGCUUCCGAAAAAAGCAUGUUUUAAACAAUAAUCAUUUCUCCGCAACGAGUUACAAAUCGUUCGCCGCAACACUAAAUCCUCUAUGUAAAAUUGUAAAGAAUAUUUAGAAAAACAGAAGGGAAGUACUUUUCACUUCCAAUAUAAUAAAAAACUCAUUUUGCUGAAUAA